AUGAGCUCCAACGUCCGUUCUCUUUCCGCCAUCUUGGCGGCGGCUAUGCUGGCCCCCCUUACCGCGUCGGCCCAGGAAUAUUGCCCCCUCGAGGUCCGCACUGCGACCGUUACCGCAUGCUUCGCCAACACCGGAAAGCCCGUCAAGCCGACCUGCGAUGUUGCUUGCCCAACCCCUGUUGCAAAGCCCAACGAUAACGGCCCCGUCCAGGUCUAUGUGCAGGCGCCCAAGUGCGACAGCUGUGGCUGUGAUUCGUGCGCUCACACAAACGUGUACACCACCACUUACGACGCCUUCUGCCCCACUGGUCUCUCCAAGCAGCAAUAUGUCGUCACCGAGGUUUACGCUGGUAUGUCCGCGAAGCCCACCGUGACCGCCGCCCCCAAGGUGCCUUUCGGUUUCGCGGUCGACGUCAAGACCUGCAACAGCUGUGGCCCCAAGCCCAUCACUGCCACUCUCACCUACCCUGCCAAUGGUUGCCCUUACAUCCAGGGCGUGUCUCAGCCAAAAGGAGCGCCCGCCGGCGUACCCGCGGUCUUCCCGCACCUGGUGGCGCUCAGGCUGGCGCUCAAGCCGGUGCUCAAGCAGGUGCCCAAGCCGGUGCUCAAGCCGCUCCUGGUGGUGGCUCGAAUGGAGCGCAAGCUGGCGCCCAGGCAGGAGCCCAGGCAGGUGCCCAAGCUGGUGCCCAAGCCGCUCCUGGUGGUGGUGCGAAUGGUGCUCAAGCUGGAGCUCAAGCUGGUGCCCAAGCAGGCGCUCAAGCUGGUGCUGCUGCGGCUCCAGGUGGUGGCUCGAACGCCGCCCAGGCAGGCGCCCAAGCAGGCGCCCAAGCUGGUGCUCAGGCUGGUGCUGCUGCGGCUCCUGCGGCUCCUGGUGGUUCGAGUGGCGCUCAAGCUGGUGCCCAGGCAGGAGCCCAGGCAGGAGCCCAAGCUGGUUCUGCUGCCCCGGCCCCGAACAACAACAACAACGCGGCACCCCCAGCAUCCCCGGCAGCCCCGGCCCAGGGUGGCUCAAGCCCUGCUCCUCCUUCCCAGCCAACAGGCUCGACAGGCAAGGUACAGGUUUCCGGUGCUCACCCUGCUUUCGUGGCAAUAA